AUGGGCGCCGAUCUCUAUGGGCGCCUAUCUCUAGGGGCGCCUAUCUCUAUGGGCGUCUAUCUCAAGGGGCGCCUAUCUCUAGGGGCGCCUAUCUCUACGGGCGCCUAUCUCAAUGGGCGCCUCUCUUUAGGGGCGCCAAUCUCUAGAGGGGCGCCUAUCUAUAGGGGCGCAUAUGUCUAUGGGCGCCUAUCUCUAGGGGCGCCUAUCUCUAUGGGCGCCUAUCUCUAUGGGCGCCUCUCUCUAUGGGCGCCUAUCUCUAUGGGCGCCUCUCUCUAUGGGCGCCUCUCUCUAUGGGCGCCUAUCUCUAGGGGCGCCUAUCUCUAUGGGCGCCUACCUCUAUGGGCGCCUAUCUCUUUGGGCGCCUAUCUCUAUGGGCGCCUAUCUCUAGGGGCGCCUAUCUCUAGGGGUGCCUAUCUCUAG